UACUCUUCAGUUUUGGUGAUUGAAUACACUUCAGGACUACAGUUCAGGACUUUGGCGUCCAUUUAUUUCCUUCGUAUUUGGGGAGGAGUUGGUGGAGAUGGCGGUCGUCUUACUGCAGGCCCUAGAACGGACAGAGUUGAACAAACUCCCGAAAGGCGUCCAAAACAAGCUGGAGAAGUUUGUAGCAGACCUGCAGAAUGCUAACGAGGCGCUACAGACGCAGCAUGAGCGGUUCAAAGCCGACAGCGAGCAACGAUACUUUGACUUUGAGAAACAACUGACAGAGAGCCAAGAACAGAUCCUUUCUGCCACAAACAACCUGCAGAUCCUGAAAGAGGAGAAUAAAAAACUAAAGGAAGAGCUGAGCUCUUUGAAAGGAAUAGAGGAUGAGACCAGUGAAGAAAAACGACCACAACAGCAAACCAAGGCAAAGUAUGAAAUUGAGGCGGAGAAGAGAGAACUGGAGAGGCUGCUGGAGAAGAGAACGCAGGAGGUGGAGAACCUGACAGAGGACAUGAAACGUCUGAAUGAGAAGCUGACCGACACCAACAAACUAAAGAUGGAGCUCCAGCUAAAGCUGGAUGAAAUACAGUCAUCGACAGCCUCUGUGCAGCACCGAGAGAAACGAAUGGAGCAGGAGAAGGAGCUGCUGGAGAAGAAAGUUGAUUGGUUGACUACAGAGCUGUCGACCAAAACUGAGGAGUUACUCAACACCAACAGAGAGAAGGGGAAGGAGACACUGGAGCUGCAGGGCAGUCUGCAGAGCAGCAACGAGCAGGCGAGCAGACUUGAAAGUCAGCUCACUUCUCUGAAAGAACUCAGCGAAAGCCAAAGUAAAAGAGCUGAAGAUCUCAAUAACAAACUGAAACAGGCAAAGGAUGAAUUGGUUGCUAUGGAGGAGAAAUACCGUGUUGAGCUCAAUGCUCAUGUCAAGUUGUCGUCACUUUAUAAGGGGGCAGCGACUGACAUGGAGGCAAAGAACCAGGAGCUGAGCAGAGCAGUGGAGGAGCUUAGCAAGCUGGUCAAAGAGACAGGAGAAGCUAACAAGGGACUGGAGAAGAGAGUUUCAGAUGCUGAAGAGCAAAAGGUGCGAGUUGAGGCAGAACUUAGAGAGAAGAUAAAGAAAAUGGAGAAGGAGCUGGAAAAUGCAACAAUGAAGGCUGCCGGAAAAAACUGCUGCGGGUCUUCUUUGACAGAAGAACAGCUGGACUCCAUGUGUCCAUCAGCGGCUGCCAUCGCUGCAAUUGUCAAGCCUGGCAUGAAAUUUUUCGACCUAUAUAAUGCAUACGCAGAGUGUCAGACCCAGCUGCAGCUGGAGAAGCAGGAGACGAGGAGGGUGAGCAAAGUCCUUGAUGAAAUAGUGCAGGAGGUGGAGUCCAAAGCUCCUGUGCUCAAGCGACAGAGAGAGGAGUAUGAGAACAUGCAGAGGUCAAUGGCUUCCCUAUGCAACAAACUGGAACAAGCUCGAACGGAGAUCUACAGUCUGCAAAAAGAGAAAGAUGAAGCCAAGCAGAGCUACGACGCCAUGGAGAGAGAGAAACUAAAAGCUGAGAGGCAACUAGAGGAUUCAUCUGCACAGCUGUGCAAUCUCCUGGUCGAGUUGGAAGAAGCGCGCGGCAAUCGGGUGUCCAAAGACGACGGCAGCUCCUCCGAUAUCUCCAGCACCUCAGAGGUGAACAGCUCAAGCCAGCUGUCUUUCCGCAGCGUGAUGGAGCUCCAGAGACAGAACCAGAGCCUACUGGGAAGACUGCGGGAGCUGGAGGAGGAGAAGAGUAGGGAGCGGGCCAGGGAGGAAAACGCACGCACAACAGAGCUGGAGGCUGUUGUGGAUAAACUACAGAAAGAAGUGGAGCAGCUGAGAGAGCAGAGGAACCAGCAGAAACAGCUGGCCGACUCCAACGCCAGGCAGAGAGACAUGUUCAAGGCUCUGCUGACUCAGAGCACUGGCUUCAGCUUGCCUCCUCAAGGUCAGGAGUUGAUUCUCCGUCCUUCCGCCCCAGCAACUCGCUCCACUCCUCAGAGAGCCGCUGCCGCCGAGUCCAGCCAGACCGCUCACACAAAAGCUGCUCUAAAACAGCUCAAUGACGCUUUUGCCCUAUAUAAGAAGGAGAAGGCUGAGAAUGACCGGAUGCUGAAUGAAACUAACGACCGAUUGCAGAAGCAGCUGGCGGAGCUGCGCUCCAGCCACGCUAAACUCACUUCUCAGCUGGACUUCAGUAACAAGAGGUAUGAGAUUCUUCAGGAAACUGUGUUAGCUUACCGCAGAGAAAUUGGCGCACUGCAGAAGAGCAACCAAACAAUGGCCGCCACAGCUCAGCGGCACGAGCACAACAUCCAUACGAUGGUCCAGGAUCUGAGGAAGGCCAAUGAAAAACUGGCACUGGAACAGGUGCGUGUGGAGAACCUGACUAAAGAGAGAGACAUGCUGCGGCAGGCAGAGUGUCGGUUCGAUAAAGAGAAGGAAGCUGUUCUGGCUGAGCAACGCAACCAGAACCUUCUGCUGACCAACCUGAAGACCAUACAGUUGGCCAUGGAGCGAACAGAGACAGAGACUCGCCAGAGACUUAACAACAAAAUAGAGCAGCUGGAAGCUGAACUGGCCUCAAUGAAGGCCAAGCUGGAGGAAGAAGUUGCUCAGCGACACGCCCUCGGACGAACCAUGGAUGCCCAGUUAUUAGAAGCGAAGAAGCAGCUGGAGACACAAAACAUCUUGCUGCAGAAGACCAAGGACCUGCUGCGUGGCUCUGAGCAGCAGGUGGCGGCGCUGAAAGCCCAGCUGGUGUCAGCGACUUCCUCCGAAGCCGCUUCCGCCUCCAGCAUCACAACCACCCCGAUCAUCAGAUCUGCUGCCCUGCGGGCUCCACUCAGAGUACACUCCCCAGUGCCAGCAGCCUCUCCGCAGCCCGGCCAAUCGGAGCAGGAGCUUUCAGAGCUGAAGGCUCAACUACGAAGUGCCGAGGAACAAAACGCUGAGCUGGCGGAGCAGCUGAAGAACGCUAAUACCACGGUUGAACAGUACAGAGAUGUGGUUCUAAAUUUGGAAGACAGCUUGAAGAAAGAAAAGGAGUCGCGCUCUCCUCUAGAGGUCCGACUGAAGCAGUCGGAGGAUGUGCAGAAGCAGCUGGAGAAGAAGAUGCUAGAGGUGGAGAAGCUGAAGCAGCAGGAGCUGGAGGAGAGGAAGAAGGCUGUGGAUGCAGUGGAGAAACAAGUGUUGGAGCUGCAGCGCAGACUGAAGGCCAGUCAGACAGACCAGCAGGACGCCCUGGAGAGAGCUGCCGCCGCCGUCACUCAGGAGCAGAAAGCCACACAGAACAGCCUGCUGCAGACUAAGCUGGCUAGCGAGGCACAGGCCAAAUACGAACGAGAGCUGAUGCUUCAUGCUGCCGAUGUGGAGGCUCUGCAGCAGCUGAAGAAAACAUCCCAGCAGGAAGCGGCACACAAGAGGGAGAUUGAAGAAGAACUGAAGAAAACUACUUCCCUCCUACAAGUCAAAACUAAUGUCUGGAUUACAACGGAGAAGCGACUAAAGGAAGAGUUGUCCAGUAUGAAAUCUCGCUUUGAAGAACUGGGAAAACAAAAUAGUCUCCUGCUCCAGCAGAUGGAUGAAAUGGCUGUCAGGAGUCGCCAGCAGCAGCAGCAGCAGCAGCAGCAGCAGCUGGACCUUUCAUUUAGUGAGGACGGAAAAACCACUGAACAGAUUAUGGAAAUCCUUAGGUUUGUGCGUCGCGAGAAGGAGAUUGCUGUUGCCCAGUGCGAGGCGUCUGAAGGAGAGGCUCUUCGCUACAAACAACAAGUCGAGCACAAAGACAGAGAACUGAAGGAGCUGCAGGAAGCUCUAAAUGCAGAGAGAGAGAGGAUGCAAUUGAUCAGCAAGACUCUGUGCGAGCAGCAGGAACAGCUGAAGAAGAUGGAGAGCAUCAGCGCUCUGCAAGAAAACAACCGGAUGCUGAAACUGGACCGAGAUAAGCUGGAACUGGAGCUUCAGCAGGUUCAGGCUAAAGUAACAAAGUUACAGUCAGACAUCGCCCCCCUGCAUAACUCUCUGUCCAUACUGUCAGAGAAAAAUGGCUCCCUGCAGGCUGACAAGAGGCUGCUGGAGGACGACCUUAAACGCUGGAAAGCUAAAGUACAACACCUGGUCAGCCAACAAAAAGAGGGAGACGCUGAGGAAAAACAGAAGAUCACAGCUGAAAAAGAGGCACAACAGAAACGCAUAGCGCAGCUGAUUGAAGAGGCGGCGAAGCUGAGGACUGAUCUGGCCAGGUCCAACGCCAGCAGCAAUUCAGCUCAAGCCCAGCUUCAAGGCCUCAAAGACUCUGUGGUCCGCUUGACAUCGGAAAAAGACUCUCUAAAGAAAGACCUGGAAACCAAAAACAAUGAAAUUCUGGAGAAGAACAGGACCAUCACUCAGGUGAAGAAGAUUGGACGCCGCUACAAGACUCAGUACGAGGAGCUGAAAGCCCAGAAUGAUAAGGCGGCUGGGGAAACCUCUGGGAAGGACGACCUGAAGAAGACCCAAGAUGAACUGCAUACUCUGAAGGAGGAAGCUCAGAAAAGGCAGACGGAGGCUCUGAAGUCUCAGCAGGAGUUGGAGGCGGCUCAGAAGGAACAUCAGCUGAGCAAAGAAAAACUCCAGGAGCUCCAAACCCAGCUCACACAGAGCCAGAACGAGCUGACGCAGGCCCAGUCCCAGCUGGCGCAGGCCCAGACCCAGUUGCAGCAGAAUCAGAACCAGCUGGCCCUGAAGCAGAAAGUAUUCGACCAAUUCAAGAACCAACACCAGCAGGCACAGAUUAAGCUAAAAUCGGUCCAGUCUCUGGCCCAGGCCCGGCAGAACCAGAUGCAGAAGAUGCAGGAGGAGCUUCAGCAGGCCAAAGAGGCCAUCCAGCAGAGCGUUGCUAAAGAGAAGGAGCUGCAGCAGAACCACAGUCAGGAGGUCAGCAACCUGAAGACCUCUCUGGGUCGAGCCGAAAACAAGGUGGCUGAGCUUCAAAUCCAACUGAACAACCUGCAGAAGACUGUUUCUGAGCGUGAAGCAGAGAUUCUGAAACUGCAGGAGCAGCUAAUUGAAGCUAAGCAUGCUCACGAAGCUCGCCAAGCAGCACUGGCCAGCCAGAGUUCCCAGUCUACCCAGUCCACCCAGUCUACCCAGGCCAAUGACUCCACAGCUGCUGGAGAUUUCAGUCAGACAGUGCAUGAUGAGCUGACCAAACUCAGACAGGAGCUUUCUGAGAGUAAGAACAGAGAAGAUCAGCUCAAACUGCAGAUGGCCGAGAAAGAGGAGAAGACCAAAAAGGCCAUUCUGGGAGCCAAAUUAAAAAUCGGCCAAGUAAACAGCGCCAAAGAGCAGCUCAGUCAGGAGAACGAGGAGCUGAAGCAGAGCAAAGAGGAGCUGGAGGUCAGGAUGAACGCCCUCAAGUCUCAGUAUGAAGGAAGACUUCUUCGGCUGGACAGAGAGCUGAGAGAACUGAGAGAGACACAAGCUCACUCUGACGGGAGGGAGGAAACUCAGGACCAGGCCGGAGCCAAGUUGGAUCAGCCCAGAUCUUCAGACCAGAGGCAAAUUUCUUUGAAGAGUCCUGCUCAAGACAGGGGAAGCCUGAGCACCUCUGAGCCGCCCACCGCCAACAUUCGGCCCACUCCAAGCACUCAGUCGCCCAGCAACAAGCCGAGUCCGUCCACCGGCAGCAAGGCCACCCCUCGCGCCAGCAUCAGGCCCAUGGUCACACCUGCACCCGUCCCCAUCCCAACACCCACUGCCACAGUGAUGCCCACUACACAGACGGAGAGUCAGGAAGCUCUCAUCUCUACAGGAGCUUCUGUUCACUCCACCAGCUCUUCCCUCAUGAAUCCUCUGGCCUCCUUAACUCAGCCAACCAGCACUCAGGCCACGGCCUUCGUUCAGCCCACCCAGCAGCAGGCAGCCAAUCAGGACACAAGCUCCAGCAUAGAGGCAGAAUGUCCAUCCACAUCCUCCUCAUCCUCCUCCUGCAUGCCUUCAACAGCUAAAACUGCCUCAAAGCGAAGCAGAGAAACCGAAGAGGAGGAAGAGGAAAGUCGACCUGAGAGUUCCCAAACACCUCCGAACACUAAAAAACUACGACUGAAACCAACAAUUGCUCUGCAGAUGGAGGGCGAUGAAGAGCUGGAAGGAGAGCUGGGGGACAUGGGAGAGCAGCAGGUUUCACCUGAUGACAGUCGGGAGCUCCCAGAGGAAGGCUUCCAGGUGUUUUCUGAGGAGGACGAAGGAGUUUCCCAGUCCGUCCCGUCUGACCAGGGCUCCCAGGGCUCGGCUUUGAUUCGAGACGUCAUCGUGAUCGACACCGACAGCGAGAGCAGGGAGAGCAAAGAGGGGGACCAGAGAGUGGAAGAAGAGGAUGAAGACGAAGAAGAGGAUGAAGAGGAAGCAGGAGGAGAGCAGGAAGAAGACGACGAAGAAGACGAUGACGAUGGAGCUGCUGACAGCGGGAUGAGAGGAGGAGAGGAGCACAACGAGGAGAGUCAGGAGGCUGAAGAUGACAGAGAGGAAGCCGCUCCUUCAGGGGGUUCCAACGCUGAGGAGAAUGUGAGUGGCGCCCCCACCAGCUCCCAGCGUCCUGCUGACCCAUCACAGAGCGGAGAAGGCACCAGUUGUGGAACAGAUCUGGGAUCUGCUCGGGAUUACCUCCACCUCCCUCCAACCUGCUCCACUGUACACUCCCCCUGCUCCUCCUCCAUGAUGCCCCGCCUCUCCCAGCCGCGCAGGCCGUCACCCCGGCUCUUCAUCCAAGCUCCGGCGCCUGAACUGGGCCCCCCACACACACAGAGACAGCCUUCUCAACUUCGUAGACCAUCAUCGGGUCGUGGACCUCAACUCACUCCUGGAUUAGCCUCUAUGCCGUUCUUUGAUGACGAUGACAGGAUGGUUCCCAGUACUCCCACUCUGGUGGUCCCACACCGCACCGAUGGUUUUGCCGAGGCCAUACAUUCCCCACAGGUUGCAGGCCUCUCCACCAGAUUCAGGUUCGGGCCUCCAGAAGAUUUGCUGCAGCAGGCAUCAGCUUCACAUUCAGACCUGGGACAGCUGGCAUCUCAAGGAGGCUUGGGGAUGUAUGAAUCUCCUCUCUUCCUGGCUGCUCAUGAUGAAGAUGGCGGAGGGAGGAGUGUCCCUACCACACCUUUACAGGUGGCUGCACCAGUGACGGUCUUCACAGAGAAUACGCCGUCUGACAGUGGCGACAACCUGGCCUCCCAGUCAGUUCCCAUGGUAACUGCCUCAACGGGGAUGGCUGCUGCUGCAGAUGAUGGAGAUGAGGUUUUCAUGGAGCACGAAGGAGAAGGUCCAGAUAUUGACGUUUCUCUGGACAGCCAGAUGCUCAUGGAGUCAACAGGACAGCAACGUGAUGAUGCCUCCCUGCCAUCUACAAGUCAAGAUCCUGACACCAGCAGUGACAGCCAGCCUCGCUCAGUAACAAGCCAGCGUCAGACGAACACCUUCUCAGGCAGAGGUCGGUUCCUCAGUCGCACAGGAACAUUUCCUCGAGCAGGAAGAGGCGGAGCCACAUGAAAAGGGGGUGUGGCCUGACGCCGAUCUUACCUGCAGAUUUAUCUUGUCCGUUGAUGACAUAACAAAAAAAAAUAAACACUUAAUCAUCAAUCUUUCAAAAAGUUUAAAGGUCACAUAAAAAUGAAUUAUCACAAUUUUAUAGGAGACGUAACAGGUUGACUUUUCUCAGACGUGUUUAUUGUAAAAUCCAGUGAGGUUUGGUGUAAUUUGUCUACAAACAAAUCGUAGUUUGGUUUUAGAUUUUCAGACGAGUCCUGAUUUGUUUUUGUUUUUUUAUUUUGUUCAGUUUGAACCUAUUCUGCAAGUGUUUUUAAGAAUAAAGUGGAAUAACAAAUAGCA